AUGCGCACCAUGUUUAAGCCUAUACCAGACCGACAUUACACCAACAGCGGGAAAAGUAGAAAGAGCAGAGAAGUGUGGGGUGUGUCGUUUGUCUUUGGUGCAAACGACUUCACCACACACGGAUUCACGUGCGACAGCAAUCAGUGUCGUCACGGCGCUGCUCUGAGCGACAGGAAGCUUGUCAACAGUGCCUUCAUCCAUCUGAGGACUCUAAUACCAACUGAGCCAGCAGACAGGAAGCUGUCAAAAAUUGAAACCUUACGCCUGGCAACAUCUUACAUUGCUCAUCUGGCUACCCAAUUGGACGUA